GCAGCCCUACUGCGCCAUUCUUCGAAGAGCAGGGCGUCAGGGUCAAGCAAGCCCGUCCCUGAGGUGGCCAUGUGGGCGUCUAGCGUUUCUCCUCCGAGUGUGGCUCUCACCCCCCUCACCCCACGGAGGCGGCGGCAGCGGUUGCCUCCUGCUCCAGCCCGGCGUGUGGAGGCUGCGGAGCGGGAACGCCGUUUUGGGCACGUGCCCUGAGGAAGCUUUUUUUCUUCCCCUUCCCUCCCCUUCCCUUUCCCGAGCAGCUGCAGCCGCCGCCGCUUCCCGCUCUCGGCUUUCUGAGGAAAACCUCUGAGGGAAGCAGAAGAAGAAGGCGCGAAGAAGAAGAAAGCUUCUCUCCGUCUCCCGCCUCCUCCUCCUCCGCCUCCCCCCUCGGGCAGCACUGCAGAGGCAGCUCCGCUCCGCACUGGGGAGGAGGAGGAGGCGGGGGAGGCCGCCGCCGGACGGAGGACGAGGCUCAGCCGGGGCUGCUGCAGAGGCUCCUCGCUCGCCCCUCUCGCCCGCCGCCAGGAGUUUCUCUCCCGGCCUCGGGAGUCGCGCCGCCCCCUGCCUGAUUCCCCGCUGCCAUGGAGCCUGGAGCAGCAGCAGCCGCCGCUGCUGGGCCGGCAGCCGCCGCCGGAGCCGCGGCGCUCUUCCUGGCUGCGAGCGAGCAGCAGGGCUACUCCGAGCUGUUCUCGCUUUGCGGCGGCGGCCAAGCUGCGCCCGAGGCGGGGGGACCGGCGGGAGCGACCCCAGCCGCCGCCGCCGCCGCCGCCGAAGGGAGCAAAGUGGCGGAGUUGUUCCGGGCGUCGCAGCUGCCUGCCGAGACGCUUCAUCAGAUUACAGAAUUGUGUGGUGCUAAACGUGUUGGCUAUUUUGGGCGUGCUCAGUUUUAUGCUGCUCUGAAGCUAAUCGCUGCUGUGCAGUCUGGCCUCCCAGUACGGAUCGAAAGCAUUCAGAAUGAAUUGCCCUUGCCUCGAUUUAUGGCACUGAAAACUGAUAGUGAUGUAAGGUACAGUCAUCCAGCAGAAGCUCAUGGAACUAAAUUUCAGAUUCCACAUGCAGUACUUGAAAAAAAUUGCUUCAGAAGAUUGGAUGGAGGAGAAAAGCAGCAAGAAGCAAAGUCUCCCCCUAUGUCUCCCAUUGAUUCACCUCCUGCUUCUCCAUCAACCUACCAGAGGAUUCCCUUGAGUUAUGGGUAUGGUGUCCUGAGAAGUGGGCUUGAGCAGCAGCAUGGAGGUUCAUACGAAGUUAGACAUACUGCUGUCCAACAAGAUGGACCAACUGCAGGGAAUUAUGGGUCUAAAUCAGUUCCACCACAUUCAACUCUCAUUCGGUCUCUUUCAGUAGAGAGAGAACCACAGGACGGGAGUAGUAAUUACUCAGAUGACCCCUGGAGAAUAACUGAGGAGCAACGAGAAUAUUACACCAAUCAGUUCAAGUCCCUACAACCUGACCUGACCUCUUUCAUUUCAGGCUCUGUGGCUAAGAACUUCUUCACAAAAUCUAAGCUGCCAAUCCCUGAGCUUUCGCACAUAUGGGAGCUAAGUGAUGUAGACUGUGACGGAGCACUGACGUUACCAGAGUUUUGUGCCGCCUUUCACCUUGUUGUUGCUCGGAAAAAUGGUUAUCUUUUGCCGGACACCUUGCCAGAGACUCUGCUGCCUGACUGUUUUCAAGCAGCUCCUCUUCAGCCUAAAAGUGACCGUGUCUUGAAUUCUUAUUCAGAAUCAUUGGCAGCAAGUCAACAAACAAGGGACUUCAGUAGGACUGAACUUGAAACUGUUCGUGAAGAUCCAAGCAACUCGGAACCAUUGAUUCUCUUUGAGGCAACUUCCACUGACCCAGAGACUUCACUUGAAGAGAUGUCUGAUAAAGUUGCCCUGACACAGGACACAGUUAAUGAUGACAAACAAGGUCUGAAAGUUAGUGCUUCUUCCCAGACAAUACAGAAGGAAGUCAAAGCAUCUCAGCACUUGGCUGUCAAAACAGUUGCUCAGGAAUCCAACACACUUAAAGCAAGACCAAGAUCCAGAUCUUAUUCAAGCACAUCUAUAGAAGAUGCAAUGAAAAAGGGGGGAGAACCACCAACCCCCCCACCAAGGCCACAGAAAUCACAUUCCAGAGCAUCCUCCUUAGAUCUCAAUAGGAUGUUCCAGCAAAACACACAAGUUCGGGCGGGUUGGCUACCACCACCACCACCUGCUCUACCUCCUCGGCCUUUUGUAACACAGGUUUCUCAUCCUGGCACAAAUGCUGAAACAAAUGCUCAACUCAAAUCAAGCUACAUAGACUUCAGGCUUCAAGAACAGAUGGAACAAGAAUCUCAGAUUGAAAUGCAUUUGCCAAUGAACAGGUCCUCAUCACAAGUUGAAGAAGGCAGCCCAGCAAAAAAGGAGGUGUUGCUUACUCAACCACCAUCAAAACCGAUUCGCAGGAAAUUCCGGCCUGAAAGCCAGACGCUCGAGAACCAGGAACUUUCCCCCACGAAAAGUGUAGCCCCUUCCUUGCCUGCCAUCAAAUCCCACCAUACAAUCCCAAAACAGUCUUCAAAACAGAAGAAAGCUAUUCAGACAGCUAUCCGUAAAAAUAAAGAAGCGAAUGUGGUCCUAGCUCGGUUGAACAGUGAACUCCAGCAACAGCUGAAGGAGGUUCACAAAGAACGAACUGCACUGGAAACUCAGUUGGAGCAGCUCCGACCUGUCACUGUCUUAUGAAAUUCUGUAACAGAAUUUUUGCUUCAAGUACCUUUAACCGCACAAUAUAUUGGCAGAAGCUUUUUUCACUAAGGCAACAUCAUUUGGAAAAAGUGACUGCCAUAUUUCUUUUGCAUUUCUUGCACCAGUUUACCUUGCAGAUGAAGAAGGUACACAAUCUGAAUGUCAAACCUUAUGCCUAUGAAAUUGAACUUGUUUUCCCACCGACCCUUCAAGAAUGCCUCAGUCAAAUUCCAUCUCUCUCUUACUGUUAACACUUAUUUAUUCCAAUAAUUCUUGAUUUAUAUGCAUUGGGGUGGGAUAUUUAAAUAGUAUAUAUGUCUAGAACAUUUGCUUAUAUUUACCUUCAUCCUGGAUUAUCACUUUUUACAUAUAUGUGAUCUUUCAAGUCUUUCUAGUUUUAGAAUAAAUGAAAGCAGCAUCUACAAAGCUCUGUAUUCCUUAUGUACAUUAUCUGUUGUUUUUUUAAAAAUCACCUUUGUGAUUACUGACCAUUUCUGGAUACAACACUAGUGUGCUUUUGCAACCCACUGUGGUUUUGCAACCCACACACAUCUUCUACAAACUACCAUUGGGUGUUGACUCCCUGCCUGUUUCCUGAAGCCUGCACCUCAGCUGCUCUGCAGUACUUGCUUGGAGUUUGUGCACAGGUCCCAAGAUAUCUGUUAUCUGUGUUGCUGUUUUGAAAAUUCUGAACCAUGGCUGAAUCACACUGUGUACUUCUCCACUACAAUCUGCAGUUUGGCUCUUGAGCCAGUCAGUAUAAAAGGAAAGUCUGUGUUCCCCAUUCACUAUAAUGGGGAAUCUAAAAACAGGUAAAAUGUUUCCCUUUUGGACAGAGUGGAUUAAGUUUAUAGGUACAGAAGUGCCUCCAGAGUGAAUUAGGCCUGCCAAAUUGCAGACAAAUUCCAGGUGCUUUUUGUGGGGAAGUAAAAAGAAUGUACUUUUCUCCAUAACCCCAAGGGAUCUUGUCUUUUUCUUACCUUAAAAUAAUUAAGAGGUUGCCAAAUGGUGCAUAUACUAGCAUGUACAUUUUUAAAAGACCUUCGCAGCUUCACAUCAGCCUUUUUCCUGACGAUUGUUUGUGACCUCCAACAGGCUUUAUAGGCCUCCCAGUAGACCUGCACAGGUCUCUAAUAUACUUUACAAUGUUGAGCCUAGAAUGCUGCUUGCAGAGUUCUAAAGAGCUCUGGGUUGUUGAUUUUGUUCUUAUUAAAGCAGAGCAAAGUACACUAAAAAAAAACCCUAAGAUGAAAUGUUUUACUUAUUUAUUUUUGUAAAAAAAAUACACCCAAUGCUGUGCUUUGCAGACAACAUUUUCGACCCCUUCACGUCUUGCAAAGCCCAUGGACUGAGAGAAGCAUAGAGAUAUACAGGAAAAGAUAGAGUUGUACUGGCACAGAAACAAAGCGGCUCUGUGGCUUUGUUGGUGCCCUGAUCAAACUGAAGGGGUGGGAAUUACACCAUGCUUCGACUCAGGGAGUAGGGGAGUCCCCCACAUCAUCCCAAUUUGCCUUUUUAUUUGGCCCCCCAAAACAGCAGUGCAUACCCCAGUAGUUGCCAUUGGUCCAAACCUGGUGUUGAAGGAAUGGAGGUAUGUUCCCCGACUGGGAAUCUUUGCAGCUACUCCAAUCAUUUCAACAGCAUUGGUGGGUACUGUAUUGCCCUCAGACUAUGUGGCAGUGUGGGUUAUAUAACACCCUGUAGUGUUAGUUCAUGGGGUUUGGUGUGUGUGGUCUGCCUGAACUGACUUGUGGGUGCCUUGGCGUAUCUAUGUGAGUUUUUCUUACUGCUGCAGCAUGAAACCCACAUGUCUUGGAAUGGCUAAGUACAAGGAAUGUGCCAUAGUUCAUACAGGGCAGACUUACUCACAGUUGUAUGCUAUGCAAGGCCGAGACAUGCUGGAGCAAUGGUAUGUCAGCACAAUAGGAUUUGUGAACUGUGCCUCAUGUCUGUUCAUAUUACACCUUUUGUAUUUAACUUAUUAUCAAGUGAUGAAAAAAAAUAAAUGCAAAAUUUAGAGAUUUGUUGCUUUUGGCAAUUAGAUGUUUUUGCUUAUUUCUUAACUUGUUCUGCUUAUUAUAUCUUAGCAGCGGGCAGUAUCCAUUGGCUAAUUGUAUGUGUCUUGGUAAAAUUCCACUCAUUUGCUUUUUUUGGUAGAAUUAUAUUUGUUUUGUAUUCUGGUGAGUUGAUGUUAUCAGUGAAUUCCACAUAUCCAUUUCUCCUCCAUUUCGGAUUAAUGGAACUUGUUUCCUUAUGGCAAUUAUUGUUUUGGUUGUCUGUCCUACUCAGUUAAUACACUUCACUCCAAGGAAGUCCUGUUAACCUAGUAAGACUCUUUGGCAGUACAUAUUCAUAAGCAUAUAUAAUCUUGUCCAGACUGAAUUCUAAUAGAAAGUAUUCCUUGAAUUGCAUUCUAGAAUUGCACUGGCAACGGGGACAGUGAUCUUUUGGGGGAAGCUGCAGGUAGGGAAAUAUUUUUACCACUGUAAAUUUAUGUAACUUCGUUUUCCUCCCUUAAGUUUCAUGUUUCUGAAAGUCAUCCCUUAACAUAACACACUCACUGCAUCAUCUACGAGAUGGAUGAUGUCCUCUAGCUUGGAUCUCUUUAAAUGAGGAUUUGAUAAAUUCCUGGAACAGAGGACUAUCAACAGCUAUUAGGCCAUUGCACCAAUGUGGAGCCUCUCCUGACAGUGUGGCAGAGAGCACCAGUUGUUUGGGUGCAAAAUAAAAGGAGAGGACUACUGCGUUGAAGCCUUUUUGUCGGCUUCGCACAGACCUACCUGGCUACUAUUAAAAGCAGGAUGUUGCUGUGAUCUGGUAGGGCUCUUCCUGCAUUAUAUGACCCACACCAUUCCCUGAAAAUAUUCCAUAGCCUUGCAAAGUAAGAAUAAUGUCAAGCGACAGAAAACCCUCUCUACUUCGCCCAGACCAGGGUGGCCCUCCCAGAUGAUGUUGUACUGCAUCAUCACUAAACCAUUGGCCAUGCUAGCUGAAAGAGACAAGGGCAGCCAGCGCAGAUUCUCUAUCCCAGAACUAGACAGACAAAAAUAUGCUCCAAUACAUCGUGCUCUGGUUUUCAUAAAACAAAAUUCUUCAUGUAUACCACUUAGAAACUUUGGUGAUUAAGCAGUAUAUAAAUAACUUAAAUGAAUAGUAAAAAUCUUAGUCAUUUCUACAGAUUCUCAGCUGUAGCUCAGUGAUAGAGCACAUGCAGUUUAUGCAAAAUGCCCCGUGCUCAAUUCCUGGCAUCUCCGUGUGCAACUAAAACUUUGGAGAUCUGCUGCCAGUUUAGAGAGAACUGAGCUUGACGGUCUGACUUAGUAUUAGGAAGCUGCCUAUAAACGUUUUAGCAUAUGCUGACAGAUUUCGGGCUAGUUUGCUAGCUUCUCCACCCUUCUAUUUUGAUAUUGAAGUAUGCUAUGCAGCAUGACAAUAGAACUUUAAAGACUGGGUUAUAAUGGCUUCUCAGCUGUACAGUGUGUACACAUUAAAGGAAAAUAAUUUACUUGCAGUUUACUUAAAAAUUUAAAAUAGUUGCACAAUAUGAAUGCCAUCAAUGCAAAUAUACUUAAAGUUAACAAGAAAUAAAACAUCUUUGCUAGUAUUUAUAAAACAUUGGUUGAAACAGGGAUCCUUACGUAUAAAAGAAUCAAACCGUUAGUUUCUUAACUAAAUGAUAAUCCUCUGCAAAAUGAUAGUACCAGUGAGAAAAUGAGGUUGGAAGCCACCCCUUCCAUUUUUGGUGGUAAUCAGCUACUGUCGUCUCAUUAGUUACUCUUAUUGGGAGAUUAUUUCAGGUAUCCUACUCAAUUGCUAGAGUAAACAGCUGGAUGAAAAAAAUGGAAGUUGUUUAAAUAUUAUAAAUUUUCUUGUUGCCUGGUUUUAAUAUUAAAUUAGAUUCUAAUGGCAAGUAUUUUACAGUGUAACUUUUAUGACGCCUUAAAUAUUCCCAUGAUUGUUCCCUACAUAUUUUGGAAUCCUGAUUUUAACAUUCAAUUUUUAGUUUUAAAAAAUACAUUUUGAAACACUUCUUGGGUGGAUUAUUUCUACUACAGUAUUUGCAAAUAUUUCAGAUAACUAGAAUGGCACGAUCAGAUAUUGUUUUGGAUACUAUCUUAUUCACACUGGAAGGCAAUAGUACUUAUUACAUAACUUAUCUGUUUAAGAUACAGAAUAUACAUCCUUCAAAUGUUAAUGGUAGAACCUUAAUAGUCACAUUACUCCAGAACGGACUCUCAUCAGUUUGUUUACCUUCUGUAGGAGGAUUAUUCUAUAAAAGUAUAAACAGUGUUUGAGGAAGAAUUGCGCCAGAUUAGUUCAGUGUGAACUCUCCUUGCUCUUAUAGCUUUGUUGCCACUGUAAACAAAUUAAAUCUGGGAAAUGCACAAUACAGCAAUUAAUCUCUAUAUUGGACUGUUCUGGAGUCAGUGUUGAUCCACAUUAGCAUGAAGAAAGUAUGAAAUAUUUUUUUUCUGGCUAUUGAGUUUGUUCUUGAGAAGUGAGUAUUUUGUAGACCAUGGAAGAAGUUUUGUUCAAAAAAACUACUACUCCAUUCUUGAAUAGCCUCAGGAAGGGAGUAAUACUGCCAAAUCUUUAUAGUUUUUUGCACAUACGUGCACACAUUCAGAAAUAAAUAUUUUGUGUGAUAAACAUCUGAUUAGGAAAGACUGAUAAUGAGCCUGUGUAUUCUAUGAAAUAAGAGAUAAUUUAUUUUGUUAGAACAUUGUUAACCCAAGUGACUACGAUGGGAAGAAAUUAUAUAUUUGAAGUUUUCCUUGUUCUGUUAUUUUGUUGAUACUGUGUUAAUAAAAUUAUGUUAUAUGUUU